AUGCUGCUUCAGCCUGACCACGUAUAUAUGGCCGCCGCAAAAGCAUGGAUUUGGACACCUCCCAUUCUGGUUGAAACUGCGGCGGCCGGUGCGGUGUGUCUCUUCACUGAACGCUUCGCAGCUGAGCUCAACAGCUUGUCAAAAGAGCGAAUGUACGAAGUUAUCAAAGGAUUUUGGCCAACAGCAGACCUUGUAUUCGAGUCCUUCGAUGAACAAUCGUACGCCUCAUUCUUGAAGUACCUGGAAAAUGAGCUGAGUCACUUGCGCAACCAUCAGCAACACUUUGCUGUGCAAAAUCUCGAAGGCACUUUCAACGUGAUCCACAGACUGCAGAAGAACCUUUCAAAGGCGCAGGCAGAGGCCCUUCGGGCCCUCUCCGGUGGAUUCCUCAAUGCGGAGCCAGCAACAAUUCAGCGGUCGAUCGAGCUGUCCGUUCGCCUGUGGCUGACACUCAACAUAAAUUCCUCCGCCAUCGCAGUCGGUCCCACUUUUCCAGAUGAAACACCUCUGGACUGGGAUCACGAUAUGUCGCUAGAGGCUUUGGCCCAGAGGCAGUUCACGAAAUGCUGGGCACGUUAA